GUUCUCCGGGAGCCAUCGAUGUGGCUCGUGGGGUGAGAGUACUCUUGCGUUGAAAUAAAGCCUCAAUUCGGGGAAUCGUGUAAGCUCCGAGUGCCGAAACCUCCGAAAAGAUCCGGAAUGGCAACUCAAGAAGAACUCGACCGACAGUUUGCCGAGAGGCUCCACCAAGAGGAACUCGAAUCACUCAACAAUUCCUACCAGCCCACAGAGUACGACGUCGAGGAAGACAGAUUGUUAGCCGAAAGGCUUCAGCGAGAAGAAGAGGCUGAAUAUGCCGAGUUGAAGCAAACGGACGUCGAGCCGGGGUCCACCGCAGGCGCGAGAGACAACGAAUACGAUUCUCCUUCGACUUCUACGGGUGUCAAAACAGGGUCGGGUUCCGCCAUGGGAAACCUUCGGAUGGAUUUGCCUUCAACGUCGAAAUUCAAAGAACGUCAGAAGCUAUACGCCAAACACGAAAACCUCUCUCUAGUCGAUCCUGUCUGGGAGCAGAUCGAUCCAACGCCGGACAUUCAUGCGCUGUUCAUGGCGUUCGACAACCGUUUUUUCGGUGCAUAUCUGAAAAGUUGUGAAGUGCGUUGGAGUCCCAGGAUGACUCUGUGCGCCGGUCUCUGCUGUUUCCAGCCCCGUUCCAGGUUCUGCUCCAUUCGGUUAUCGAAGCCAUUGUUGUCGCUUAGACCGCGGUCGGAUCUCGUCGAAACGCUUUUACACGAAAUGAUUCAUGCGUUCCUAUUCUUGACGAACAACAACCGGGACCGGGACGGCCACGGCCCGGAGUUUCAUAAACACAUGUACCGUAUAAAUGGAGAGGCCGGUACGAAGAUUACGGUGUACCACUCAUUCCACGACGAAGUGCGCCAUUUUAAAGUUCAUCAUUGGAGAUGCACGGGACCUUGCAAGGACAGAGGACCUUACUACGGCUGGGUGAAGCGAUCGAUGAAUAGGGCGCCGUCAAAAAACGAUUUUUGGUGGGCGGAGCAUCAGAAACUCUGCGGUGGCGAGUUCAUGAAGGUCAGCGGCCCGGACAAGCAGACUAAGGAGCCGAAAAUGAAGAAAUCACAAAAGGGAACGACGACUGGACCUCCCUCGCCGUUGAGAAAGUACUUCAAAACCGAUAGCGUUGCUUCUACCUCGACGCAACCGGGAACGUCGGGCACUCAGAGCACUUUCGUCAAAAACAAAGGCCUAGCUGACAACACAAAAGCGGACCGCGGUGAUGCUGGUGGAAAGGCCACCGGGAAGAACGCGGAAAGCGCUAAGGGGAUCAGCUGGUCGACACCAAAGGAGGGAAAAUCCAAAGGCGCUAUUCCUCCGUCGCGAGCGAGCGGCACCGUGACCCGGGUCCCCGGAGUUCCCAGACCUUCACAAGGAACGGGGGGGCGAAAGACCUCGACGUCUGCUACCGGUCAGAAUUCGCCAAACAUGUUGACCCGGACCGCUAUCACAGAACUUCCGUGGAAAAAGAUGAGCGAGCGGUUGCUCCAUAUUUUCAGCAGUGAUGAAGAAGACGAUACAAUCCACCAAGAUAAGAAGCCUCCGAAAGCUGAGAUAAAAACUGAGCCCGCAGACAGGAAUGCACCACGAAAUGAAAUUGAUAGAGACAAAGCGCCUUCGAAACGGAAGUUCGACGGCGAGGCUUCGACAUCACUACCACCCACGAAGCAGUUGAAACGUGAACCGGACAACGAACCUUCGACUUCCAGACAAACCACCGAAUCUCAGUCAGCUCUCGUUAUACCCGAUUUCGAUGUUGAAGUCGUUUGUCCCGUGUGUUCGUCAAAGGUCAUGGAGUCGAGAAUUAAUUCGCACAUUGAUAGCUGUCUACAGAAGGAAUCAUAA